AUGGAAGACUUAAUGAUCGAACAAUGGAAUCCAUCGUCAUCAUAUGAACAGUAUUGGAAAGUAUGUGCACCAAUCUAUUGCACUUAUUCGCAGAUUGCACGUACAAAAAGUUUCGUUGGAGUAUUAGUGGCACUGGUGUCCAUAAUUAGUAGUCUUACUGUAGUACUACGUAUUGGUAUAAAUUUACUUGCCAAGUUUGUUAUUGAUUUAUUCAAACGAACUCCUAAAAGACAAAAUGAAGUUAAACCAAAAUUAUAUGAUCGAUUAAAGAAAAUGUUCUUGACGACAAUGAUGCAGGUAUCUGCUGGAAUGAUCAAUUUGAAUAUAUUUCCUAUAUGGCGUUUUGGAAGUAAUACCGAUCGAAUGACUGGUAAACGUCUUGGUCAAUGGUCCACUCGUUUAUAUAUUGUCUUAUUCAUUACUAGUCUUACAAUUAUUAUUAUUUAUAUUGGUGUUCAACCUCAAAUAUUGACGAAAAGUUUUAAUGAACCAAGCUUAAAUGUUUAUAAUCGUCUUUUACGUGAGCAUGGUGAUACACUUCAGUGUCCUUGUUCAUUGAUUUCGUCAACAUACAGUCAAUUUAUUCAAAUAAAACCAGUUUUUCAUCAGGUCUGUUCAAGUAUAUUUGUUUCGGAUGCAUGGCGAACUAAUCUUACGAAUGGUUUGGUUUCUGAUUUAUCUAUUUAUGAUACACAAGAUUAUCGACGUUUCCUUUCAGCCCAUUUGCAAUUUCUUAAAGGUCUAUGCCAAUCUUCUAUUCAAUCAAUCAACGAUUCUAUCAAUCAAUUUCUUUCUUCUUCGUUGGUGACUACUAAUAUUAUUACAGAAACGAUUUUAAAUUCACAAGUCAAUGUACUAAUUGACGAAAGUAAAUCAAAUGCUCUGGUUAUAUUUGCUCGACUUCUCUUUUUCCUUCAAUCAGCAAACCAUGGAAAUAGACUUGUAUCAGGCUAUGGAACAAAUUUUAUGUUCGGAGAUUUCGUUUUCGAUCAAACCAACAUAGAGUUUCGUUCAUACGUUGUAGAAGUCCUGUAUGAUAAUCAGUGUUCAUGUAUAUUGAAUAGAACGUGUACUAUUCAAGCUACUUUUAUUAAUAAGAAUUUAUCGGAAAUAAUUGCCGUCAAUGGUUUAAAAAUGGGUUGUACACCAAGCGAAUCAUUUCUUCAGUCAACUCUUGAAUGUUUUUAUAAUUAUUCAUGUAUAAAUAUCAUUCAAACGCAGACUAACAGCAGUUAUGAAAUGAAUUCUCCUCCUCUUAUCACCGAUGGGAGUCGAUUUCCAAUUAAUACAACUAUCAAUGAUCUCGUCAAUGAUCUUUUCGUUGAAAACUGGUUAACAGCAGUAAAUUAUUCAUUGUAUUUUGAUCAAUGUUCACCAAAAUUGUGUUCAUAUACUUAUAUUCAAGAGCUCAAUUCAUUCUAUACAGUGACAUCUGUACUUAGUAUUUCUGGUGGUAUUAUGUUUAUCCUCAAAUGGAUUUCUCCUAUAUUAGUACGUCUUCUAGUUGCUAUUAAUCGAUAUCGGAAGAAGCGAACAAACGUUGUUCAAUGUGAAAACAAUAUUCCUAUGACAACCAUCACAACUGUUGACAUAAUGCCUCGUCAAAUGAAUAUUCAGCCUGAGACUAUCAAUUUACAACCAGAAUCUAAUGAUCUGCCACCUCCGUAUGUAUUUUUUUGUUCCAUAUUAAUGAUAGUCUUGUUCUAUUUGUAUUAGGACACACU